CAUAAGGAAGCUGUAUACAUUUACCAAUACAAAGUUUUGAUUUUGAUUUUGAGAGUGGGUUUUCAUGGAAACAGAGGUGGGAUUGGAUGGUUUAGGAGAUUUAGCUCUCAACAUAAUUUUAUCGAAAUUAGGUCCAACUGACACCGUCUGUGUUUCAUGUGUCAGCAAAAGCCUUAGACUUUCUGCUUCCGAUGAUUCUCUUUGGGCUCAAUUUUGUUCCCAAGAGCUUCAUCUUUCAAUCCCUCAAGAUCACCAAGGAAACCCAGUUUCUUGUUUCAAGGCUGCGUAUCAAUUAUGGAGAGAGGCUUUUGCCAUGUAUCCAUGGCCGCUUGUUAAACGAGUUAAAAGAUUUUGGGACAAGCUUAAGAAAUGGUUGAGCAACAAUUUCCCAGAAGCUGAGGCUACCCUUAGAAGGGGUGCAUCUGAAUCCGAUAUUCAACAAUUGCAGACAAUUUUGAAAGUUAAAUUACCUUCUCCCACGAGGCUUCUGUAUCGUUUUCACGACGGUCAAGACCUUACGGUCGAAGAGCACUGGACGGCAUCAUUCGGUAGCUCGUUGGGAAUCAUAGGUGGCUACUCUUUCUAUCACCAUUUGGUUAAUGUCUACUUGUUGCCCAUAAGUCAGGUAAUAGUGGAAACUCGAGGGCUCGUUCGGCACCUAGGUUUUUCUAGCAGAUCUAAGUACAUUGUUGUGGCUGCUUCUUCAACUUAUAGUGAAAAGCUGUUUUUCUUGAACUGUAACAAUGGCCAACUUUAUGUUGGUACGAAGAACCUUUUUAUGGGAGGAGAAAUGAUUCAAUGCGUCCCGAAUACAUUGCUUCGCUCUGUACAUGAUUCGCGUGAUCAGCAGCAAGAUGGGAUGCUGCUUUGGUUAGAGGAACAUGGCCGCCGCUUAGAAAAGGGCAUUAUCAAAGUUCGUGAAGAAGAAGAUGUCCGAAGUAUCAGUCUUUUUCCAGAGUUGCCUCCCUUAUGUUCAACUGCUGUAACAAAUGGUCUGCAGGUUCGAGCGUCUGCUGUGUUUGUUCCGGAAUUUGCUGGCAUGGAAGGUGAAGCCGACAAGUAUCUGUAUGCUUAUUCAAUCCGCAUGUCCCUGUUGCCUGAAGGGUGCAUCAUUAAUGGAACAACCUUCAGCUCCUGCCAACUGAAUAGGAGACACUGGAUCAUCCGUGCUAAUGAAGAUAUCGUAUCUGAUGUUAACAGAGAGGCUGUGAUCGGGCAGUUUCCUGUAUUGCAUCAGGGUGGAGAUGAAUUUGUUUACGAGAGCUGUACGCACUUAUUGUCCUCUUCAGGUUCCGUCGAAGGUUCUUUCACGUUUGUCCCCGGCAGGUUGGCUGACCCGGAAGGCAGUCCGUUUGAAGUUGAAGUGGCGAGGUUCCCUCUACAGAAGCCGGAUUAUGUCUUUUGAUAAGCUCCUGCAUGGUUUGCAGACCAUUGAUUUGGCAGAUAAUAGAUAAUAAACAUGAAAGGUGUCUUUGAACAUGUGAAAACUCCAUCUUAUAUAUAAAUAAAGAGAGUCAAAACAAUUUA